AUCUUACACGCAGAUCUGUUUUCAGGUUCUACUGGGACCUGUGUAUGCUGCUACUCCUGGUCGCCAACCUCAUCAUCCUGCCGGUUGCCAUCUCCUUCUUCAACGAUGACCUGAGCACCCGGUGGAUAGCCUUCAACUGCCUCUCCGACACCAUCUUCCUCAUAGAUAUCGUCGUCAACUUUAGGACAGGGAUCAUGCAGCAAGACAACGCCGAACAGGUGAUCCUUGAUCCAAAGUUGAUUGCCAAGAAUUACCUCAAGACCUGGUUUUUCCUAGACCUGAUCAGUUCGAUCCCGUUGGACUACAUCUUCCUCAUAUUCAACCAGGACUUCAGCGAGAGUUUCCAGAUACUGCACGCGGGCCGGGCGCUGCGCAUCCUCCGCCUCGCCAAGCUGCUGUCUCUAGUACGUCUCCUGCGGCUCAGCAGACUCGUGCGCUAUGUCAGCCAAUGGGAGGAAGUCUAUAUCUUGCAGAAUCUACAAAAAAAACGCACGGAGCGCAGGGGCAGAUACAGCGCGGAAGCCCAGAAAGAGAAGUCAAAGUUCAGCAAAAGCAAUCUGAUUUUUAAGUUCCUCAACAUGGCCAGUGUUUUCAUGCGGAUUUUUAACCUGAUCUGCAUGAUGCUUCUGAUCGGCCACUGGUCCGGAUGUCUGCAGUUCUUGGUGCCCAUGUUACAAGGGUUCCCCUCCAAUUCAUGGGUCGCCAUCAACGAAUUGCAGGAAGCGUUCUGGCUGGAGCAGUACUCGUGGGCACUGUUCAAGGCGAUGUCACACAUGCUGUGUAUAGGUUACGGGAGGUUCCCUCCUCAGUCGCUCACAGACAUGUGGCUCACGAUGCUCUCCAUGAUCAGCGGAGCAACGUGCUACGCUCUCUUCCUCGGUCACGCCACCAACCUCAUCCAGUCACUUGACUCCUCACGCAGACAAUACCGUGAACGGGUGAAACAAGUGGAGGAGUACAUGGCGUACAGAAAACUGCCGAGAGAAAUGCGGCAGAGGAUAACAGAAUACUUCGAGCACAGGUACCAGGGCAAGUUCUUCGACGAGGAGGCCAUCCUGGGCGAGCUCUCGGAAAAACUAAGAGAGGAUGUGAUCAAUUACAACUGUCGGUCACUGGUUGCGUCGGUGCCAUUCUUCGCCAACGCAGACGGCAAUUUUGUGUCCGAUGUUGUGACCAAACUUCGCUACGAAGUCUUCCAACCUGGUGAUAUUAUAAUCAAGGAGGGCACGAUAGGGACGAAGAUGUACUUCAUCCAAGAGGGGAUUGUGGACAUCGUGAUGGCCAACGGUGAAGUGGCCACGAGUCUCAGUGACGGAUCCUACUUCGGCGAGAUCUGCCUGCUGACCAAUGCACGCAGAGUGGCGUCCGUGCGCGCAGAGACAUACUGCAACCUGUUCUCCCUGUCGGUGGAGCACUUCAACGCCGUGCUGGACCAGUAUCCGCUGAUGAGGCGAACGAUGGAGUCCGUCGCUGCCGAAAGACUGAACAAAAUUGGGAAGAAUCCCAAUCUUGUUUCACACCACGAAGAAGAAGAGGAAGAAGAAAUGGGGAGUGAAAGUAAAACAAUAAACGCGGUUGUGAAUGCUCUGUCGGAGCAGGCGGACCAUGCAAACACAUCUGUCGAGUCAGUGGGGAACCGGUCCCUGAUCAGUGAACUGGGGCGCAGUCUACACAUUCUGACGGCCAGUUUACCACGGCCCAAAUCGGAAAGCAACUUUGCCAAUGUUCAAGAUCUCCAGAUGAACCAACGUCCAAGUUUUCACAAAUCAGACACCAACACGUUUCAAUGACGACGAUGCUCACUGGAUUAGUCGAGUUCGCACUCGCAACGACACGAAGCUAUCUGUUCAUUCUCACUCCAACACGUGUUCACCAUCACAUCAUGUUUCCUACUUCUAGAGCUAUUUUGUACUAUUUUCUUACAAUUUCAGCCUCCUGACUUGAUUACGCCUGUGAAACAUUACACGUUUUUGUCAUAGCUUAAUUAUAUUUCAAUUAAGAAAAGAGUCCCGUAACCAGAUUUAGUGUUAAUAUAUAAUUAUAGUAUGUGCUGUUCAUAAAACUUGUCCAUAAAAAUAAAUAAAGCACAAAGAUACAAAAAAUGUAAUUACCAAUCGUAUAUUAUUAGUUAACUUAGAAAAUAUUGUUACAGUUCCGAUUCCAAAACUGAAUGCUAGAAAUGAUGUGUUAUUUAGUGCAGUUGAUAGUAUUGACAGGCAGAACAAUGAUCUGACUGGUGGUUCAAUGAACCGCCAACCGUUUCAGUACGCCAGACCUGAUUUGGAGGGCUUGUCUACCAAUGGACACCUCGGUGGCUUAGUGUUACUAAACUCCUUCCAUAACUCAUUGCAGAAUAUGAAAAAUUUUAAGUAAUCCUGGGGUAAUGGAUGCAAAGUACCCCCUUAUAUAAUUUGAAGAAAUAAUCUAAACAGACUUCUUCGUGAAGUUGCCUAAGAUAGUGCAGCUUUAAUUUUUAUGUCUUUAAAAUAACCAACUUAAAAUAAGAGAUGUUUUAUGGUCAUGUCAAUUAAAAUCAAGUUAAAAAAAUUUUACAUAGUAUGCUGUAAAAUGACUUAAUGUCCAUUAUAGUUUUUUGUUCUAGUUUCUUUUUAUUAGUCUGCCACUUUUGAACUGAAGGAAAAAAAUGUGAAGUUCAGUUGUGACAAGGAGAACCUCCUCCCAAAAAAAAAUAAAAUCCGUAACUUUUUUGUAAUAUUCAUUUAGCAACAAUCCGACUUGUUUGAAGUACAGCAAUUAAAUGUUUUACUUUGAAUUAAGUCUAUUGAGUUUAUAAAAGUUUGAUUUAUUCAAAUGUAUUCCACAUACCCCCCUCCCCCGGUGUGUUGUGUUCUUCAAUCAGAUUCAUAUUCCCCUCCCCCCCAAAGUCAUGUUUGCACCUCUGGUGAUAUUGGUGACAAGAAACUUGGAAUAAGCAACAGCCUUUAGUUUGUCAGUUAGUGACGAAAUUAUGAACAAAGACUUAAAUUAACUUUCCUGCUGCAAACCUUUUUACCAUUUUCAUGACGUAAACCAAUGGUUAUUGAUGAAAUUCAGAUUAAAUUUAUGCUUGACGGUCACUCUCAUUACAUAUAUUAAAAUUACCUGUUAGUAUCAAAAUGGCACUGGUUAAUUGUUUUUAAAUCUUGCUAACAUGCAAUUAUGAGUGCCGAUGUUUGGAGAUAACAUUAUUAGUUAUUAUUAGUGUAAAUUACUAUAAAUGUCAUGAGGAACCAAUUUUGCAAAUCGUUUACUAGUACAUUUGGAAUUUAAUUAGUAUAGUCUACUCAACAUAGAAACAGACAUGUUUAGAAAUUUAGUGGCAAAAAAAUAACUAUAUAAUGGGAAAUGAGCAGUGUGGCAGUUAACUUCAAACAAUAAGUCUUUAGCAUCAUAUUGCACUAGGUAACAUGAUCGGAUUUUAAUUAGCCAAAUUAAAAGUUAUAUAUUUUCAGUCGCAAAAACAUAAUAGUUUUGUGUAACAAAGAAAUUUCAAUACAAUGUUUUAGAACAGUUAAAUUAUUACUUCAAGGAAUUCUUUAGUGUGCAAAUUUACUCCUAUGAGCAAAAGAUUUAACAACUGAUUCACAAAUCAAGCAUUUUAGUACACUAGCUUUGAGCCAAUCUAACUCACUCACAGUCCUGUGUGAUCGACAACUACCAUAUUAGGGUAACAUAGAUAGUUAACUUAUAAGACUUCAUUUCUCAUUGAAACUUGUAUCUUGUUGCCUUUCAUAAUAGAAAACAACUUGCAAUUUAACUAGAUAGACAAUUAACAAAAACCAUAACAGAAGGAAAUAUAUAUUUUUUUAUCAGUGGAUAUUGAAAAUGAACAUUCUUAACAAUAUUUAAUACGCUGAAAAUGUUUUAUUCGCUACUUAAAAUAUUAUUUUAUCCAAAAUAUUUGAUACGUUGAUGUUAGGUGUAACUUAAAUUAGUGAAAAUGGACCAAAAUGCAGGUACUUCAUAAGUAUUCUGGUCUUUUAUCUAUUCUAUUUUUUUUUCAUCAUAAAAUAAAAUAUCACAGCUUUUGAGAAAAAUUCAAGAAAUAAUAAAAACAGAUACCCAAAUAAACGAAAAGAACUAAUGCAGUCUGAGUGAUUAUUAUUUCAGUUAUAAUCUCCAAUAGUUUGAAUCCCAGUAUGGGCAUGACAGUUUUAUAUCUGAACUAAUAACUACCGCAAACUUGAUCGGAUAAUUAAUUAUUCUAGGCUAGAGUUUUUGAUUGAGAAUCCAUAAAAGCAAUCAGUAUAUAAGGCAUAAAAUGUUCUUUAUACUGUUUCUACAUUUUAUCAUCGUCUUUAUUACACAAAGCAUAUAUUAAAAAUUAAAUUUUGUUACGAAAAGAUCGUUCAACAGUUUUAGUUAUCUGUAAUUAUAACUUAGCACCUUUAAUAAAAUUAUGGUAAAUAUAAUGAAUUAGUCUGAAUCAAUUUAGUACUGAUACAAGCAAAUGGCAAAACAUGCAAUGCUAUUAAAAACUGUUCAUUUAAUUAGCUUUAUUUAUUUAUGACUGUCCAUUUGUCAAUAAUUUUUUAAUAUUUAAUCCUGUCUAGUUUUGUUGCAGUAAUUUUUGUUGUUACCCUAUAAUUACCACAGUGUGGGUCAAUUCUAAAGUGUGUUUUUAAAUUUGUUUUUACUCAUUAUUAAGUGAUGCUAUGGAUGACUUUGGUAAGUUUAACAAGUUCCAGUCAGUAAACAGUGUAUAGAAGAAUAAGUACAAUGUACAGAAAUAAUCAAAAAUAACCGAUUUAGAUCAAAAUACCUAGUUCUUGUUUUAUCAUUGACGAGUGUUCCAAAAUUGUACAUAUUUUGCUAAUACAUACAAUCCAGUUAGGAGGCUGCUAUGGAUAACUUUAAUUUUUAAUAAAAUUUUGUAUAAAAAAUAAAUUUUAAAACAAGAAAAAAAUUAGGAUGUGCUGGUGAGCCGUGUUGCCUUCCCCUUGUUUGCGUUAUUGUUUCUGUUGUAUUGCUACUCGUUGUCUCACUUCUUGUUGAUUUUAGCAAAUGUUUAAUUUUAAGAACUUUUGUAAUAGUUGAUACUUGUAAAUGUGUAGAUUGCAACUUUUAUAUUUUGUAUUGUACUUCCAAUGCUGCAGCAGAAGGGCUACUACAUGAAACUCUGUUUCGUGUACUUAGCUUUAACUACGGGGAAACCCCCAGAUAACUGUUCACUGUACGGCUCGUAUACAUAAUUAUUUUCACCCGUUACUCUAUGUUUUGUCCCUGACUUAAUGUUUGACUAUUUGUGUUUCAUUACAAGUGUGCCCAUCCAAAACAUAAUGACUUUUAAAUUUGCAAUUAAAAAAUUGUCGUUUAAAAAAAGUAACGUUCUUUGACCAAUCAGUGCCUUUCGCUGUACUAAUUCUUGUGCUAAACGUUUUACCUUAAGUCAGAUUGAAUUUUAACGUUUUAUUAAUUGAAGUGUAAUUCCAAUAAUAAAAUAUUUUCUAUUCUAAAAUAAGUAAUGUAAAAAUAUCUUAUCAUUGUUUCCUUUUCAUUAAUGUUCACUGGAAGAAUAUGUAGUUUGAAACAAAAACGUCACGGUUUAAAUUAUUCCCUUGUUUCAAAUUGACUCCAGUGAUUUUGUUCUGAACCGAGAAAACUUGUAUACAUGAACGUGUAAAUAACCAAACGAGCACAUGUGAGCCGUGCAGGACCGAACACAAAGUCUCUAGUGAUAAAGUGCCACGUUGUUGUACAGCCAUUGAGUGUUAAAGACGAGCGUAGAGUAGACUCCAUUCUGAAAACAGUCUUACAGGGUUACCGUGUACAGAUAUGCAAUAAGUUAUUUUUACGUGCAAGCUAUAAGCAUUUAUUUAUUUAUAAUUACAAGCUAAAUAAGUUAGCAGCUUGAAACUUGUUCUGCAGCAUACUUCCACUGCAAAAUUUCACCAUAACUAUAUUCUAUGAAAAUAUUUGGGUGAUAGAGAUCAGUUUUUCGUUAAUGUUGGCAAAAAUGCUAGGAUAAAAAUUGUUACUUUAUAUUUAAAACUGUAUAAAAUUGAAAAUGUAAAGUAAUUGUAAAGUCAAACUGUUUAAAAAAGCUCAUAUGCCUAGUUGCUUAUUAGAUGGUAUCUUCUUUUACUGGUAUGUUGAAUUGUUCUUUUGUACUGUAAUAUCAAUAAGCUAUUAACAGUUUUCAAAUGUUUGAAUUCAAUACCCUUAGGGGAAUCUAUAGCAUUUAAUGUUUAUUCACAUUAGCAAAAGAGCAGUCAUCUAGUUUAUAUAAAAUGUUCAUAUUUCUGUUUUCUUUACAUGAAUUCUUUAGAAAUUAAAAGAGCAACUUUAUUUAGGCUUCAAGGCGUGUUCCCAAAAGAAUCAUCUGAUUUCAUACUUUUUUUUACUAUUAACUAAGAAUUUUAGUUUCUUUUUCACAUAUAAAACUAAACCUUAAUGUUGAUAAAAUGUUCAAAAUAGAGAGCCUAACGUAAUGUUGGAUAUUUGACAUGGCUAAAUUGUAAAAUUGGCAAGAAAUUUAAGCAUUUCUAGUGUGUUUUAGUUGUCUAAUUCUGUUGUUCAUCCAGAGAUAUCAGAAGGAGAGCACAUAAACAGUGUUGCAAAUAUAUAUAUAUAUAGAAAUAUAAAUAUAUAUAUAUA